AUGGCAUCUUCGUGUCUGCCCCCUGGGUCGGUUAAGUACGUUAAGUUCGUGCGAGUGCCAAAAGCUCCACCGGAUAGCGACGCGUUCCAGGCCGCUGCAUCUGGAGACAGUGACUGGCUUCGCUUUAGUCUUACGAGGGUCCUAUCCCCUCUGCAGACAGACAAAGAGGGUCUCACAGUUCUCCAUGUUGCUGCCUUGCACGGUAAACUGGCCUGUCUGAAGCUGCUACUGGAGUCUGGAUAUUUCGAUGUGAAUGCCUCUUGCCCACAUGGACGUAGGCCCAUACAUAUGGUCCUUACAGCACAGAGUAAACCCCACUCCUACAGAUGCCUUACCUACCUACUAGAACACGGAGCUAAACCCAACGUAUCUACAGAGGAAGGUUUGACCCCUCUGCACUUGGCAGCCAGUGAGGGGUUGAGAGAGUGCACGGAAGCGCUGGUUGCGUCUGGGGCAGAGAUCCAUGCUCAGGACAGUCGGGGUCAAACACCCCUGGACCUCGCUCGCAUCUGGGGCCAUAGGCACAUCGCCAGGGAUAAAGAAAAGGACCUGGGGAGACGCAAAACCCUUCAGAGUCUGCGACAGAACCUCAUCACAAUGCACGAUCUGGCACAGAGGAGAGAAAAGGUGGCCAGACAGGCUGUUAAUGAGCAGAGGGUCACUGAAUGGGCGAGGAAAAAAGGGCUGCCCCUCCUCUGGACACCGGAGAGAGGAACGUGGAGGCCGUCACAUGACGCCCACUGCUUUUCCCAGGAGCGAGAGAGGCCGCGCCGCGGGAGGGAGAAGGGGCGGCCGCCGGGGACCCCAAAAGAAAUGUGGGACAUCUCUCCGAAUCCCUCCAAGCCACCCCGGGCCUCUAUCGGCAGGCCCCACAGCGUGCGUAUGAGCGGUCUGCCCGAGACGCCUCCCCACGAACCCGACCUGCGUCAAACCGUGUCGCUAGGCUACGGCGGUGACGGGUGUCCUCGUUACGUUGCCAACUGGAACCAGUCUCCACAACCCGUCCCCGCUUUGCCGUUGGACGUCCUGCAGAGAGGCCUGUUUCCCGCGGCCUUCCCUUCCCGAAUAGCUUCUCCACAAGACUUCCAGCCGAGCACUGUGCUGGAUCUACCACACCUGGGCGGCACUCCAGGUUCCAACGUCUCUCCUUGGUCUGAGAUAGUUAUGCAUUUGGCAGAGGAACUGGUUCCAGGACGGUACUAG